AUGCGCGCGGUCGUCCUUCCCUUCUUCCUCUUCGGCCUUGCUGCCGCCGCAACAUGCCCUUACGCAGAGCAAGCGAAGCGUAGCAUGCCUACUUGUCCUUUCCGGAACUCAGCUGAACAUGCUGAGUCGCGGUCUAUCUCGGCUCGCAGUGCACCUGCCGAGGGCAAGAAGGGUGUCUUCUUCAUGAACCGGAUUGCGCCCUCUGUCUCUGAACUGUACGUGGCCGACGCGGAUGGGAGCAAUGAGCGGUUGCUAUUGGGCGACGACACCGGAUUCGAGUACCACGCACAAUGGUCUCCGGACGGUGAAUGGAUCAUCUUCACUUCGGAGCGCAACGGUGAUGGCAACUCCGACUUGUGGCGCGUACACCCGGACGGCAGCGGGCUCGAGCAGGUCGUCGCCACACCCGCAGUCGAGACUGGCGGUGCGAUUUCGCCCGAUGGCACACUCGUCGCCUUUCAAUCUACGUACGGCAACUACAAGAGCAACAUCUGGGUCUUGGACCUCAGCACUGGCGAGUCGCGCAACCUUACCAACACCGACGCAAUUGCAGGCAACUCGAGCCUUCCGGAUGGUCACUUCCGCCCGAGCUGGUCGCCUGAUGGCGAGUGGCUCGUCUUCUCUUCCGACAAGAACACGCUGUGGCGCGGGCACAACAACAACACCGGCUGGGAGCAUACCCAAGAGCUGUCGAUCUAUGCCAUACGUCCCAACGGUAGCGACUUCCGCCAGGUUGUCACCAAGGACGGCUACGCGCUGGGCUCGCCGAAGUUCUCGCCGGAUGGAUCGCGUGUUCUGUUCUACGAGCUGACGACGGAGAACACCUGGGGUGCGCGCCGACCGGAGGGUGUCGAUAGCGUCACCUCUCAGAUCGUAUCGGUCGACUUCGCUAGCGGUGGGGAACGCAUCGAGCACACCUCUCUGGAUGACGCGGGACUCAAGGUCAACCCGCAGUACGUGACCGCGGACACGAUCGGGUUCUUGCACAAGACUAGCGGCGCACUUCCUCAGGGUCUCAACUACACGAGCGUCACUGCCGGCGCAUCGACGAACUACACCGCCUUCGCGUCGGAGUUGCGUUCACCGGCGUGGUCCCCCGAUGGCUCGCAAGUCGUGUACGAGAAGACAGCAUGGACUCCAGUGCGCCCGCAAGACAAGGUGCUCUACAGCUGGGACGACGAGUGGGAGUACCGCUUCAGCGACGUCUUCCCGACGUUGUCCAAGCAGGGUGUCCUCGCCCUCACGCAGAAGCAACUCGGCGACUCCUCCAUCGUCACCAUGAACCCCUCCGGUUCAGACAUGCAGGUUGUUUUCGACGUCUCAAGCACCGGUCAGAUAGACAACAGCUCUCUGGGUGUUGGACUUGCAGGCGCUUUCCAGCCGGCGUGGUCGUCAGACGGAGAGUGGAUCGCCUUUGGUCUCGGGAACUGGUUCGGCAGCCGCGCUACGGGUACCGCGUGGCUUUAUCGCGUGACGUCGAACGGAUCGUACUACGAGGAGCUCACCAACGGCACCGUCAACGCCGGCUUCCCCAGCUUCUCCCCUGACGGCCGCUACCUCGUCUACCGCGAGUGGGAUGGGGAGAACGGCCCGCUCGGCCUCCGCAUCAUGGACUUGACCGACAAGAGCGUCACCGUUCUGACUACGGGCUGGGACAACCUCCCCGGCUGGUCGCCCGACGGCGAGCGCAUCGUUUUCACGCGCCGCACGAGCGUGCCGAACGAUAGCCCGUACGAGGACGACUACAACGUCUGCACCAUCCGCCCGGACGGCACGGACUACACCGUGCUCACUACGAGCCAGGCGAACGACGGGCACGCCGUCUGGUCCGCUGAUGGUCGUAUCUUGUACUCGACGGGCGAGUUCGGCUUCCAGGACGAGGCGUCGCUGUAUGACGAUACGUUCCAGCAGUAUGGCCAGAUUAUGGCUAUGAACGCUGAUGGGUCGAACAAGACGGUUUUAACGAAUGGUCUUUGGGAGGAUUCUAUGCCGCUGUAUGUGCCGAACUCAGUGUUCCAGUGA